UCCUCGUCAUCUCCACAACCUUAUACCCCGCACAACACAAAAAUGGCUCUCAAGCGAAUCAACAAGGAACUUACGGACCUUGGCCGUGACCCUCCUUCAUCAUGCUCUGCUGGACCUAUCCAGGAAGAUUUGUUCCACUGGCAGGCGACUAUCAUGGGCCCCAGCGACAGCCCCUACUCCAGCGGUGUUUUCUUCCUCGAGAUCAACUUCCCCACCGACUACCCUUUCAAGCCUCCUAAGCUGCAGUUCAAGACUCGCAUCUACCACCCCAACAUCAACUCAAAUGGCAGCAUCUGCUUAGACAUCCUUCGGGACCAAUGGAGCCCGGCUUUGACCAUCUCCAAGGAAGUUCUCCUUUCGAUCUGUUCCAUGCUCACCGACCCCAACCCCGACGACCCUCUGGUGCCUGAGAUUGCUCAUGUCUACAAAACCGAUCGUGCCCGGUACGAGGCUACGGCUCGGGAGUGGACGAGAAAGUACGCAAUC